UUUGAGCACAACUACAGAGAACACCAACGAACUUCGUAUCAAAAUGCCUCACCGAUCGCAACAACCCCCAAACCCAACCAUCGCUGUCCACCUAGCCCCAGACCCACCCGGCCAGGGACCCCAAAGACCAUUCGGUACUGUGGGCAGCCUCCAUCGAGGUGGACUGAGAACACCACCUCCGCCUGGUGACGAGAGCGACGACCCAAGCGACAAGCAAAGCGACUAUCUCAGUGACAAUCCUGGGGAUGAUUCUAGCGAAAGCAGCUACAGUUCCAACAAUGGUUCUAGCGACAGCCUGACCAUGAUUAUCAGAAGAAGCCGCAUCCCAUCCUCGUAUAAGCCAAGGGCCGAUGGGUACCUCCCCUUCGCGGUCCUUCGACGCCAUAUGACGAAUGACAGGAUUCGGAAAGCGCUGCGAGAGGAAUGUGAAAUCGCCGAAAAGGAACAAGUCGAGCAGUUUUGUGCCCAGAUUGUGCCUGCUGGUUUGGCGAAUAGCCCGAAGCGUUGGUGCGUUGGUGCUCCCGAAUCUGGAGGAAGCCACUUGGGGACCCCCGCCGGAUACUUGACAGUGUUCGCUCUGCUUCUCGAGAUUGAGCGAGGUGAUCUUAUCGGCCACUUCAUCGACCAAGGGUUCUCCGACCACCAGUUGCCCCUGGGCACCAAGUUGGGGCCCAAUCGCUCUGUGCAGCUCGCGGAAAUCAGGAAGCCGGACGCUGUUGCUAAGAGCUGUUGGCUUCGCCACACCGACGUAAAGUCCCUCCGCGAGGAGCAGUGGUCCUUCUUCACUCCAUUCUUUGAGUGUGAGCAGGACGGCACUCCGAAGCACUACGAUCUGCCCACCGAAGCCCAGCUACCUUGGAGACAGACAGGGAAGGACGAUAGGAAGAAAUGGCCAACGAGCGAUGUGGGACACUGUCAGGGUUCAUGGGGCCGCCAAGGGGACCCCGGCGCCGAAGCCCUCGCCGGCGGGUUCGGAACAGUUGAGCUCGUCAUCAUCGACCCAGACUCCCACGGCUUCCACCACCUACUAAAACAGCUUUCACUUCCGAACAAGUGGUUUGCCAUCAAGUCCCUCCUGAAAGCCGACGUAGUAAAAUACAAAAAGGAGAUCGACAACCUCAAGCGAUUUAGCGGCCGCAAUCAUGAGAACCUCGUUACACUCUUGGCGACCUUCACACACAGGGACAAGUUCAAUUUGAUCUUCCCAUGCGCAGACGGCGACCUUGAGCAUUACUGGAGGCGUCUCAGGUCUCCGGCCAAGACUCCGGAGUUCACGCUUUGGAUUUCGGCCCAAAUCCUGGGGUUGACAGGGGCCGUCCAUACCAUCCAUGAGCCUCCAAACGAUUUCCUGGGCGACCCUGAACGAAAGUUCGGGCGCCACGGGGAUCUCAAGCCCGAGAAUAUCCUCUACUACCCCUCGGCCAACGGCGGCAAAGCCCCGGGCAAGCUCAUCAUCACCGACUUCGGCCUUGCAGAUGUGCACCGCGAGCUCAGCAAGUCCGCCGUGCGCAAAAAAGGGCUGGGCUACACGAUGAGCUGGGCCCCUCCCGAGUGCGACAUGAAGGGAAAUAUCAACGCGCUAUGGGACAUAUGGAGCCUGGGCUGCAUAUUUCUUGAGAUGGCAUGCUGGAUGCUAGGCGAUGACAGGAAAACUGGCCAGGAGCGUCGAAAAGAAUUUGCCCGCGCGAGGCGCCAGCUCGACCUCUUCCAAGUCGGGACCCAGCAGUUCUAUUACAUCAAACCGACAGGUAAAGAAGGAGAGUACGGCUUCGGGGUCAAGGAUGGUGUUGUACAGUGCAUUGAGGACAUGCACAAAAACCCAUGCUGCACGCAGUACCUGCACGAACUUCUGGAUCUAGUAUACAACCACAUGCUAGUCGUGCGAUCACCACCAAAAUUCGACCGGAUCAGGUCCAAGGCUCUCUUGACGAAGGUUCAGAGUAUGCACAGAAAAGCCCAGGGGCCAGGCGGAGUUGCGUACCUGACGGAACACAGGCCCUGGGUCAACCCCUGUGUCCAGGAGAGACCGCCAGUACUCGACGCGCUUUAUGAAGAGCUUCAAGCCAUGGUUGAUGAGUCCAAGAAGCCGCUGGCGUCGGGUGCAUCCCAUCCAAUGGGGGACAAGAAUGGGAGCACCGGAGAUAGUAGCGAUGAGGCUGAGCCCACCUCAUGGUAUGCUCAAGGGAGAGCCUGACGGCCCAACUUCGGGUUAGCGUUGUAUUUCUUGUUGUAUUUUCGGAGUUUUGGUGGGUGGUGGAAGACAUUUAUGGGUGCCAGAGUAAGGAGUUCGGUCUAUAUGAACAUAAACGGGAAGAAACCCCGCUAGUAAUGCAGUGUAAAACAUUUCUGCCCCGCCAGCUCCCAAAUGCUAGAAUUGCGGUCACCGAACGA